UGUUUCAUAUAAUAUUGCUCGGUGCGUGACGUCACAUUGAGCGGUAGCCUCCAAAACCUGAUCAGAAAGACGUCACACACACAAAGCGCAGCUAGCGCACGAGCUCACUGUCCUUCAAUAGCUGCAGAAGUAAUACCACAAACUUUGAAAAAACACGCUUUAGUGCAACGAUGCAGAAUCGAAAGGGAAGUGCGAUCAUAUGGAGUCACGUCUGCCUCUACUCUUUUUCAGGAGUCAUUGUUUUAUUGGAGAAAGCGGCACUGGUACUGUGCUUUACUCACUACCUCUGGAUGGGAAAGGAGCUGCUGGCCUGGCUGACUCUGGCUCUGUGUCUGCCCGUCACGCUUGUGCAGCUGCUCAGUCUCAAGUGGUACAUCACUGAUGCAGAACGAUACAAGCCCUCACUUCUCCUUGUGCAUUGUCUGCAUCUGGGCGUCUAUCACAGGUUAUGGUGCUGCAUGAAGUCUCAGGGUGGGCAGGUUAAGUUCGGUGCAUUACUAAUGCAGCAGGCCGAUGUGUCAGCUCUGUUGCUGAUCGAGGCCCUGACACUCAGCUUGCCUCAAAGUCUACUGCAGGCCUACAGUUUAUUCACCCUUCACCCUGGCUUUCUGUCACCAGUGGUCUUAUGUGUCGGGCUAAGCCUGCUGAAUGUGUCCUGGUGUCUGGUCCUGUACAGCCGCUCAUGCUUUCUGCUCCGUCCCGGUCACUUGCACAUGACUCCCGCUGCAAUGCUGUGCCAGCUCAUAUGGAGAGGGGGCAUGCUGGGUGCCAGGGUGGCCAGCCUCAUGUUCUUCUCCAGUUCGUUUCACUAGUGGUCCUGUGGAGUCGUGCGUUUCCACUGGCUCAUAAUGACAUUCUGGCAAGUGUCCCAGCAGACAGAUAUCUGCAUUAACCAUGCUUCCUGGCGGCUCUUCAACUUCAUCUUCGGGGCAAUUCACAUUUUUGUCUUCCUUAACGUUAAAGAUGGGCCAUCUAGGUAUCGCAUGACUGGAUUCUAUUUGUUAAUGCUGCUGGAGAACACGUUCCUUCUGCUUUUGGCAUCUGACUCGCUCAGCGGGAUUUCGUGGGACAGCAUGAGUGUUCCUCUGAACAUCUUAUGCAGCUUCCUUAUCGGUGUGAUUUUUGUUGUUCUUUACUACCGAUUUCUUCAUCCAAAAUCUACGGAGAUCCUCCAGAGUCUCAGACUCCAAAUGAGCCUGACAACUAAUGACAGAACAACCGAUGGGGACUGCAAGGACACAACACUUGAAUCCUCCACACACAAUCAUGGCACUUUCUCAGUGACUGGUUUUGACAAGCAGGCAGGAUGUUCUUCUGUUCAGCCUCUAGAGGGCGACUGGCACCAUCAUCAAAUGUUAAUACGUCUGGCUCUCAAAACUGGAAACACAGUCAAGAUCAACUGCAUGUAUGGAGACAGAGGGCUUUCAGUCAUCCUGGAGAAUGAUGAUGUGCCCGACAUAGACUCUGGAGGGGACGGUUGUAACCAGCCAAACAUGGAAGCAGGUGAGCAAUCUAAAAGUUGUCCAGUUGAAAACCGUGAACGAUUUUCUUUUGCUGAAGAGAAACAGUCUCCAGAGAAGGGUGCAGUGUAUAACACCUGUCCUGCAGACUGCAGUAGCACUGUUUACUUCAGUGCAGAACCCCACUCCUCUUAUAGCGUCAGUGAUGCUACGUUUGUUGGAGAGGUUGUGGGUGUGUUGGUUCACUUUGUGAUUGGUGUUGGUGUGUGCAUUUCUGCCAAACAACUGUUGAACAGGAACCCAUGUUAUACCUCAACUCCAAUACCAGACCUCAAAACAAUGCAGAGUACAAGUCCUCGAUUAGGAGGGGCGAGAAGACACAUAUAUUUUUAAUACUAGGUUUUAUUUGGGAUAAAUCUGGUAAAUAUUUUCAUUUUGCUAGGUUUCUGCAAGUCUUAAAGAUUUUUAAUUCAGCUCCUUGCACAAUUUAAGGCCUUAAAUCAGAGCAGAUCUUAAAUUCAUAAAGUCGUGGAAAUAAAAGUUGCAUGAAUUGCCAAAAAUGAAAGUCUUCCUCUGUGUAUUUGUUUUCAUAUACAAAUGUCUAAACAUCCUUUAAUCAAGAUAUAUUUACCUGAGAUGCAAAUGUAAAAUUUAGUGUUGAAAAAUGUAACAAAAGGAACUGUUUAUGCUUUAAAAUAUGGGGUAUGAAAACUUUUUUUCCUUUGUGUUUUGGUUUUUUGAGCCCAAUUGCAGAUAUUUGUUGUCGUUUUAAUCUUAAACUUACUUAAUUUUGAUCAAAUGAAGAACAAGAAGUAAAUUUAUUUUGAUUUAAGAAUCUUUAGAGAUUUGCAUUGGAAAAUAAGACAAAAGAAGAGGAAGAACAUCAUAUUUUUGCAGCAUGAUCAUAAGGUACAGUAACUUAUUUCCAUAUUUUAGUGGUUGGGAGCAGCAGAGCUAUUGAAGUUUUUUUUUUUUUUUUUUUUUUUUUUGAAAAAUGUAUUAACAAGUAUAAUGACGAUCAAUUGAAGUGUUGCUCAUUACAGCUCCAGUUUUUAAUUUAUUCCUUACAUUUCCUUUAAGUGGUCUUUAAAAAGUCAUUUCAUUUACCUUCAUUAAACAUGUAGAAACUCUGGUUUAUUGUUAGCAAAUAUUAUAACCACUAUAAGCUGCCAGUUAUCUGUAUCUUCAGUUUGGUACAAUAAGUUAUAAGUUCAGUGAAUUAAAAUUGGUUUACAUUUACUAUGUACGUUUACUAUAUGUUACACUGACAUAUUUUACUUGCUGCUCUUUUUUUGUUUUACCAUAAUGUUUGUUACAUUUAUAUUUUUUUUCAUGUAUUUUUUAUAUUUUGUAUAAUUUGAUCUAAAUUUUAUUUUAUCAAGUAUAUGCAUUGCAAAGUGAACACAUAGUAUUUUAUAGCAAUUGUUAUAUUUAUGGUUUUUAAAUAAUUGUAUAAAUCAUUGUCAAAAUAAGUUUAAAAAUGUUUGUACUAAACAUUCUGCAUUUACACUUUUUUGUACUAAUAUAAAGCAUGGUCAUGUACUAUUUAAUGCUAAUUUAGACAUGUCUUUAUACAUUUUCUUUCUGUUUAUACUGCCCAUCUAUUUGUCUGCAUGCCCUCAGAUGGGAAUAAAAAUCUUUGAAAUGUU